UAAACCCUCUGUAAUGGGGUUUAAAUCCUUUGGGCUCUGAUUUUUGUUGCAGAGAAGGCCCCUAAAACCCCGCCUCCGCCAUCUCCUGCCGCCGCAGCUCGGCCUCACAUGUGAAAGGGUAGAUGGAGAAUGAGAAGAGAUACGAGAGCUAUGUGUUAAUACACAAUAUAGCAAAGAGGCACAACGUGGGAACGCUAGCCAGAAGCUGCACUGCUUUUGGAGUCUCAGAGCUGAUUUUAGUGGGCCGCCGGGACUUCAACGCCUUUGGCAGCCAUGGCUCCACCUCCCACCUCAAUUUCCGUCACUUCCACUCUCUCUCCCUCGCCAAAUCCUUCCUCAAGGAGAGGGAUUGUGAUAUAUGUGGGGUGGAGAUUACGGACGAUGCUGUGGCUGUGAAUCAACAUCCUUUCAAGAGAAGCACUGCUUUUCUUCUUGGUAAUGAGGGAACGGGGCUUUCUGCAAAAGAGUGUGAGAUAUGUGAUUUCUUUGUUUACAUUCCGCAAUAUGGGUGUGGCACAGCUUCUUUAAAUGUUACUGUUGCAGCCUCUAUUGUGCUACACCACUUUGGAGUUUGGGCAGGAUUCUCUGAGAGAACCCGUGAAGGCAACAAGUUUGUUGUGGCUGAAAGACCAACAAAGCAGGAAAGGAAGAAUUACUGUGCUGAAACAACAGAAUCUAUUGUUGAGGAGCGAAGACUUAAAAGAGAGAAUACCUCGAAUGGGUUUUUUGAUGAGAGUGUGAAAGAUGAUUCAUCAUCUAAUCUUCUGGAUGGACUAUUUGAUUCUUAGAAUUGGAAGAAUAUGUGACUAUGCUUUCCCUGUGAAAAUUGGCCUUAUUAACUCCACAGGCAAUAUGAGUUUUUGGUCAAAGGCGUACUGUUAUCUGCUGCUGCUGACGGGAUCAAAAGAAAGGAAUGGAAACUUUCUGGAAGGAUUGUGCUUUAAAAGGCAAAACGAGUUACCUACUUAACCGUUUAGGAUUGAAAAGGUGCAUUGACCAACUCGCCGACAGUAGAGUAACCUGUAUCUUGGCUUUUGUAAACAUUACAAUUUUAUCCUGUAUCAGAAUAGCAUUAGCUAGCAAGUUCUAAUCUUCGAUUCAAGGUUACAAACGCAAUAUUAACUGUGUUGUUUCGUCCAACGUUGCCUCAUUUUCUGGAUUUUGUUAUUGAGUUCUUUAAACUAUACUCUGUUAUGUAUGAAAGUGAGUGUUCAUUUGUUGUGCC